CCAUCUCUAUAUAAACGUGUUUUCGUUCACGCAGAGACGUAUUAAAUAUAAAUUUGUGAAAGUGAAAAUUACCUACAAUUUAUGGAUCACAACCAAAAUAACCACAAGGAAAACGAGUAUUUAUUUAAAGUGUUGAUUAUAGGCGACGUAGCAGUUGGGAAAUCUUGUAUUUUGAAGAGAUUUGCUGAAAAUGUUUUUGACUCUAAAUAUGGCUCAACAAUUGGAGUGGACUUCAAAGCAAAGAAACUAAAUCUUCGUGGGAAAUCUGUCAAGCUACAGAUUUGGGAUACAGCUGGGCAUGAGAGAUUUCGAAGUAUGACGUCUGCCUUCUACCGUGGGGCUCAUGGGAUUGUGUUGGUUUAUGAUGUUACAAGGAUGGAAACUUUCACCAAUAUUCCAAAAUGGUUGAAAGAACUUGAUCUUCAGGACUGUAAUUGCACGGUUAAAAUUUUGUUUGGAAACAAGAGUGACCUGUCUAUAGAAAGAACCGUACCCAGAGAAAUGGCUUUUAAAUAUGCAGAUGCUCAUAAUAUGUUCUUGUUUGAGACAAGUGCAAAGACUGGUGACAGUGUGCAUGAAGCAUUUGAACAUUUAGUGUCUAGAAUGCUUAUACUUUUUCAUGAGAAGGAGACUUCACCCAAGAAGCCACCAUGUUCAGCUGGUGUUCUGCCAACAUGCAUAUUGUCAGGACAGGAAAAUGUUGCACAAUCUAGUUGUUCAUGUUAGAAAAAUAUUUGUUUAUUGAUAUUGUACUAUAACAGAGUGUAGUGCUUAUUUUUUGGGCAAAAUAUUUUAAGUAUUUUAUAGUACAAAUCAGAUUAUCUUCUUUUGACAUUAUUCAUGAGUAAGUCCCUAUUUGCCUCAGUUUCAUCACCAAUUCAUAUAUACCACCAUGAUAAGGCUGAAUAUAUUGGAAUAUGGUAUAUCCGACCAUGGUAGUGAUGGUACUGAAUGUUAUGUUCUGGAAUAUGGUAGCCUUUUGGUAGGAUCUUCAUAACAUAGAAAUACGGGGAAAACAAACAAGACACUUGUUAAAUAUGAUCU